AUGGGUACCGGCACCGAUCAGAGCAACGAGCAAGGCAUCAUACCUCGUUUUGCGCAUUCGCUCUUUGAACGUAUGUUGGAUUUUCAAAGCAAAGGGAGCAACCAUACAUUUCAAAUAUAUGCCUCAUUUCUGGAGCUCUACAAUGAGGACAUACAUGACCUUCUAAUUACGACUGAAUUGAAUCACCUGCAACAGGAACAUCCAACUAUCAGAGAGGACGUAGAUGGAAAGAUUUACUGGGCUGGCAUCAGGGAAGAAAGGGUCUAUUCAGCUGAGGAUUUAAUGCGUUGCUUGAAGAACGGAUCAGAAAAGAGAACAACAGGAUCAACUGAAAUGAAUACAUCAUCAUCCCGUUCACAUGCAAUUUUCUCCAUCAUGCUUAAACAGCAAAUUACUCAUCAUGACAGCGCCACUUCCGUCCUUGCCGAAGAUAACAAUAAUGAUGAUAUAACAACGCUGACUGGAAACAGGACGACUUUACCACAGAGGUUGGUAUCAAAGUUUCAUUUUGUGGAUCUCGCAGGAUCUGAAAGACUUAAGCGUACACAUGCGAUGGGAGAGAGGCAAAAAGAGGGCAUUUACAUCAACGGUGGCUUAUUAGCCCUUGGCAAUGUCAUAUCAGCAUUGGGGGAUGAUAGCAACACUAGCAACAAGAAAGCGCAGCAUGUGCCCUACAGAGACAGCAAGUUGACACGACUGUUGCAAGACAGUCUAGGUGGGAAUAGUCAUACCUUGAUGUUGGCAUGUGUGAGUGCAUCUAUGUCGGAUUACACAGAAACGUUAAACACACUCAAAUAUGCCAAUCGAGCUCGCAAUAUUCAAAAUAGAGUUCAGAUCAAUCAAGAUUUUGUUGAAGGCGGAUCUCCUGAAGAAUCCUUGUAUCUGCGACUACAAAUAGCAAGACUCAAGAAUCAGUUGCACAUGCUCAAGCAAGUUCAUCAUCAUGAUAUAACGAUACAAGAUUUAAAACAAGAGAUGCAGGAAAUCAAGUCUUUUUCUCAACAAAUAUCCCAAGAGUUGGCUGAGGCAACCAGUAUCAGAGAUACAUUGCUUCUAGGCAAAGACGAGCCUGUGGAAUCACAUCCAAUCAUUCAGCAGUAUGCACAUCAGGUCCAACAAUUGAGGCUACAGGUUGCUGAAACACGUAGCAACAGCAACAGUCGAGACUCGAUGCCAUCACUGCCAUCCUCUCCAUGGCCCAAGGUUUCAUCUUCACUGGGUUUUUUGGAUAAAAAUUUGUUUGUUGAUAACAAUAGCAAUAUUACCAAAAAGCAUCAAGGCUCGGUGUCUUCAGGCCGUCGUUUAACCAGCAAAAAAAAGCCCAUUUUUCAACGCAUGAAAACGCAAUCUUCGCCAUCAUCCAAACGGAAACAGCAACAACAAGCGCAUGAAAAUAUCGAUGAAUUAUUCGAGCUGCUACGCAAAGAAUACAGUGCUACAUGCCAACAACUCAAGUCAACAGAUGAAACGGUAUUACAUGCGUCACAUGCCAACACAGAGAGAGUCUCCACCUCACCCACUACUGCAACCACACCCACUGACACCGCCCAUUCAAUGAGUGAUAACGCCUGCGAGGCUGAGGGCAAUAAAAAAGCCUUUCCUGAUACUCAAUCAUACAACUUUAUGCCUGCAGAUAUUUGUCUUCCAAACAGCACAUUUGAAGAUGAUGAAUUAGAAGCCCUCGCUGUCCCUUCUUGGUCAGAUGCACCCAAAUUACCUUCCAUCAAUGGAUCCAUCAAGAGGAAAUCCAUCUCAUUGGACUCCAUGUGGGAUGACACAGACAGUUCAAUAACAACUUCACGUGUAGAUAACCAAUCUCCCACUCGGCAGCAACACCAUCACCAUUCACACCACCAACAAAAAGAGAUGAGACGAUCCAGCAAAAACCUGCUCCAAAUGCUUCAUCAGAUUCAAGCCGAUUUACUAGUGAAACGCGAGUUGGUGGGUCAACUAGAGAGAUCUGAGGAUCAAUAUACCCAAAUGCGAGUCAACUAUGAAUCAAGACUGAACGAACUCAAGGACCAUUUACUGGAGAUACAGAACCAGAGAGACGCUGCUCUUCGACAAUCUGGUAUCAGCACCGUUGCUCCACAUUCACACCAGUUACCCAAGAGGCCGCAAAGUGUACUUCAGCUACGAGAGAACCGACAGGCGCAAGAGGUGCGAUCUCAGUAUGAACAAAAGAUCAAACGGUUAGUCCAAGAAAAUUCAGAGCUGCGUAAAAAGACGACACAAUCCACACAAUCCAUCCAGACAGCACGAGCUAAAGCAGAAGGCACCAUUGGCCGCCUACGUGCUGACAUUGAGGCCCUGAAACUAGACAAAAAGCAACUGCACAAGAGUCUAAAAUUAGAAGUGGUUAAAGCACGAGAGGCAUCUGUAAAUCACGAACGAGAGUUGGCACAGCUAAAGCGGAGAGUCUCGGUUGCAUUUGAUGCAAAAAAGAAACUUGAGGAUACAAAUCAGGCUCAACAACAAGUGAUUGCCAAGAGGAAUGAAGAAACUCUGGCUGCGAAUAUGCAAUUGAGGCAUCUGACAACUGUACUGAGAAGGGCUGCAAAUGAAGGCACCUUUUUGAACGAAUCUGCGCUGGACAAGAUACUUGCAGAAGCAUCUGCAUCAGCAACAGCAGCGAUCCAGUUGAGUACUGCUUCUAAUUAUAAACCUGCUGCUGGUGGCGGUGGUCGGUCAAGAAUGCAUACUAGUCCACCAACAACCGGUUUAUAG